AUGCGUUUUCCCCUCGCUCUUUUUGACUUUUUCUGUUCUUGUUUUCCAUGUUUUCAUACGGGCGAGGAGGAGAAGAAUGAUGAUCUCACACAGCUCAAAGAUGACAGUGUGGACUCUCUCUUCGCCUGCAUUAUCAACGAUGAGAUCAACAGUUCAUUUCUUUACAAGGCUUGGACACGAAAGCAGAAUGGACAACUCUCCAGGACGCCUGAGGACCCAUUUUGGAGCGAAUUCAGUGAUAGGAGAUACUCAGAAGAUGUUGCGAAAUGCAGGCUUUCACGGCUACGCAGCGUUCUGAUCCGGUUAACUGGUCGCACUUCUCUGGAUGAACUUAAAUGUUCCCUUGACUUCUACGUUGAGCUGGGUCUUCGCGCUGCUUUCAAUGCUCACCUGGAACCGAACACUACCCCGCCUCUAUCAAAAACUGUGAUAGAAUUCAUGGUGACCAGUGCACUCACCGCCCUCGAUGAAUAUGAUAAGAGCCAGAUUGCUCGUGCAUCGUAUGUUUUGCAGACUCAGAAUCGCACCCGGUUCCGCGAAGAUAUCUAUCGCACACUUUCAUCACUGGUACGUAUACCGAGUUUGUCAAAUACUAAAAUUUUGCAGGAUUGGUUCCUUAAAGUCUCUCAGGAGCAUUCACUCGCUUUGAAGGGCUUGGAAGUUGCGUUAGACCAUCAUUUUAAUCCGAGCGUUGGACAUACCCCAAGGGUUUCAAUGGAGACGCUAUCAUACAUGGCGAGUGACGUAUUUUACUCUUUCAAUUAUGAUCAAAUUGCCACAGUCGUUCGUGUAUGUCAGCAAGCUUCGCAAGACUGGAAGGAGGAAGAAUAUGGCGUCGUCCAUUACUAUACAAAACUGGAAACCAAUAUCAUAAUCUACGAAAAGCUAUCAAGCGAGAGUUGGUUCCACAUAGCCUGCAAAGAGCAGCGCUCCUAUUCACUUCAAGAGCUGUCGGAUACGAGAAGCCUCAAAGAUGAAAUAAGGCAAGACUGGGAUGUUGGGGAAGGGUAUUGCUCGAGGACUUACUUACUCUGAAGUUCUCAUUUGCAAAAAAAAAAAAAAAAUUGCGCCCGCCGUCAUUGCUUUUGACUUGCGCAACACAAAUUGUCAACAUGCUUACAUUGGGGAAUUUGUCUCACUUCUCUUGUUCUCAGCUAUGAUCCUCUGUUGGUGCCCGGGAUGCAGCGGCCGUCGUCGUUUGAGGGGUGGAGGAGAUUGAUAGUUGCUCAAACGGGUGCGUUUCUGUCGUGCAAAGGUAGAACUUAGUCUAGGGCGCCGCCGGAUGAUAUGUUUUUCCUUACUCCGUGCGCGUCAUCACUCGCACGUCGUGUCAGUUCUUCGAUCAUUACAAAGG